GGAACAGUGAUGAUGAUCUGUGUAUAUGAGAUGAGGGGCUGACAGAUGAUGAAGAGGAGGAUGAGCCGACCGACGGAGCACCAGCACUGUAAUUUCACAGCAUCUCGAUGCCUGUUUUGUAGAAAUAAUGAGAUAAAUGCUCAGAGAAACCCACUCGCCCGGUGGUGAGAGACGCAUCAGUCGGCGUCGACGUCGAUGAAGCCGAGCUGUGAUCUUGGAGGAGGACGUGAUGAUAAAAGCCGGAGUGCACACAUAAAGUGUCGCUUUUUCUCAGUGGACGCGAAGCCCUGCGUGGAAAGAAGGUGUCUGUCACCAAAAAACAGCUUUAAAUGUCUCACUUGAAGCGACAAAGCUCUGCAAUAUUAAACUCCAGAGAGGAACCAGCGACUGGAACAGAGAUUUAUCAAUUGACGGGGUUAAAAAAAAGUUAAAAUCGGAAUUAUUAUUAUUAUUAUUAUUAUUAUUAUUAUUAUUAUUAUUAUUAUUAUUAUUAUUAUUAUUAUUCACAUCCUCAUUCUUUUAUCGGAUUUGACAGCAGAUUAUAUUCAGAAAGCUAGGAUCGACUGGAUUAAUGCCGCGUUCCAUUUGUCCUCGGGAGUGGGGAUUUCCCAGUUCCCAGUAGGAUUUUUCAACUGGAACGCCCCUCGAAGUGGGAUUUCCCACUGGGAAAGUGGGAGAGUCUUCACCACCCCCGAGUUCACAUUCCAAGAUGGCUGCCCCGGUUGUAAACAGUAGAAGAGAGCUCUGUAAUAAUUCGUAGCACUUCAUUCUAGUUUUGGUCACACUAAAUCAGUCAUAUACAAGUAUUGUUCAGCAUAUAUAUGCUGCUAUAGUGUACUUCACAUUUUUCAUGUGGUAUAUGCGAACUACAAACUUGUUUUCCGACUUUGUAACUGGAACGCUGAUAACUUGGCUGUGACGUUAUUCCCAGGUCCGAGUUCCGACUUUCGAGGUAAAUGGAACGCAGCAAAAGCUUACCAGCUAUUUCACAAUAAUACUUUCGUCAUUUUGGUUAUUUUUCUCGUUUUAAAAGUGCGAGUUAAGAACCUUGAGUUUAAUUGUGCUAUAAACUCAGACUCGCUGUGCUGUGGUUUAGGGCUCGAUAAUCCCGCACAACUGAGGAGUUUAGUUCUAUUCAGCUACGUCAAACAUGCACGCACAGCCCCGCGUCUCACUGCUGUAAACCCGGCCGACAACCCCGAUGCACCGGCGGGGAUAACAGCAACACGCACGUCGGGGUGAAGACGGAGCUCGUUUCUCCGAGCGGCCGUGAAGGCGCCACCGCAGAGACGCACGGCGCUAGUCUGCAGCGGCGCCUGCACAGGAUCCUCCACUUCAGCGACUAAAUCCAUCAAAUAUGGGUGAGCAGCCCAUCUUCAGCACACGGGCCCACGUCUUCCAGAUCGAUCCAAACACCAAGAAGAACUGGGUUCCCACAAGCAAACACGCGGUCACCGUCUCCUACUUCUUUGACAGCACCAGGAAUGUGUACCGAAUCAUCAGUCUGGACGGAUCCAAGGCCAUUAUCAACAGCACCAUCACCCCCAACAUGACCUUCACCAAGACGUCGCAGAAGUUCGGCCAGUGGGCCGACAGCCGGGCCAACACGGUCUACGGCCUCGGCUUCUCGUCGGAGAACCAGCUGGUCAAGUUUGCAGAUAAAUUUGCUGAGUUCAAGGAAGCGGCGCGGUUAGCAAAGGAGAAGUCUCAGGAGAAGAUGGAGCUCACCAGCACGCCCUCGCAGGGUGGCGCUGUAAGAAGGAAUCUGUUGUCAGUCAACAAACCUGGUAAAAAGAAGGAGUCGGUACCAGGUGACCUACAGUCACCUCUGACCCCGGAGAGCAUCAACGGCACAGAUGACGAGGCAGUAACGCCGGACGCCAAUCAGCACACUGCAGCAAGAGCAGAGCUUUCCCAGAAUGCACUGACCUUCUCUCACAGUUCAACCAGCAUCAACAAGCACUGGGAGGCGGAGCUGGCAGCUCUGAAGGGGAACAAUGCCAAACUGACGGCGGCGCUGCUCGAGUCCACCGCCAACGUCAAACAGUGGAAGCAGCAGCUGGCGGCCUAUCAGGAGGAAGCGGAGAGGCUCCACAAACGGGUGACGGAGCUGGAGUGCGUGAGUGGCCAAACAACGGUGAUCAAAUCUCAGAAAACAGAACUCAAUAGGACAAUCGAGGAGCUGGAGUCGGCUCUGAAGGCCAAGGAGGAGGAGCUGGCGAAAGUUAAAGCUGAGGUGGAGAGUGCCAAUGAAUUUAAGUUUCAAAAAGAGUCCCUCACACAGAAGCUUAAGGUUACAGAGUCGAGGAACCAGAUGCUGGAGGCGCAGCUCGGCGACCUGGAGCAGCGUCUGGAGAGCAGCCAGCUGGAGCAGGAAGCCUAUCGUAAGAGCCUGCGCUCCCUGCUGGAGCUGCUGGACAGCAAGAUCUUCGAGCUGACGGAGCUUCGUGACACGCUGGCCAAGCUGAUCGAGAGUAGUUAGGCGGACGAAGGCACCUCCUCCUCCUCCUCCCCCUCUCGUUGUUGUUCUUCUUCUUCCAUCAGCUCCUCUGGCGCAGCGGCCGCCACUCACAGAGCUGCCCUGAAGACGAUGCAUCGUCCUGCACGUUGGGACUCACAUCGUCAUGACACGACUUGAAAUCUUUCUUUGUAGAGUUUACACGAGUCUUCACGCGUUUAUGGUACACUAACUUUGCCACAUCAGCUCGCUCGAAUCGUUUACAAACAGCCAAGUGAAGCCUUCCCUCCGCUCCGCUCUGGAAACGUUCAAUUUUUUUAUUCCUUUCACUAUAACUGUAAAUUAAAGUCACCUUUCUUGACCAUUGGUGCAGCGCUGCCGUCGCCAGGAGUCGACGGUGGCUCUGCUCUCACCUUCGUUUUUUUUCUCCUUCACGUCGUUCUUUCAAACCGGCGUCAUCAGCCGGAUAAACUUCACUCGGAGGCGGAUCUGUAUUUUUUAUUUUUCCCCCGACUGUUUUGUGAUGAAAAUUGAGGGGCUGCCACACGAGGACGUACGUCAACGAUAUUCUUACAGUAUUUGAGCAAUACGAUAAAGAAGCUUCAGAGGGUUUAGAAACACUUUCCACUCUCACUUUCAGGUAAUCGCACUCCUCCCCUCGGAUACUUCUCACCAAAGGCGAGGCGGGAUUGUAUUCAGCAGUUUUGAUUUCUACGCGUUUGUUUAUUUUAAAAUAAUGACUUCAUAGUGCACUUGUGUGGGAGAGAGUGAAUGAAUCGGAUGUUUUCUUUCCUUUUGUUUCUGUUGCAAAUUGAAGUGCAAUGAUUGAA